AAACGUCCUUGGCCGAAUCCUGGAAGAUUCUGCAACAACUUGAACACUUUGUAAAAAAGUGACAAAAACGAGAACAGACAGUGACUUACUCAAAGAUUUCCACUUCACAGACAAACAAACUGAAGGUAUAUAAAGUCUGUGUUUCCAUCUCUGAGACAUCCUGUGACCAGAAACUGCUGCUGGAACAGACUCUUCAACUAACCAUCAAAACAAGAUGGCUGCCGGUCUUGUCUUCACUCUGCUUCUUGGUCUGAGCUUUGGACUCUGGGAUGGAGCUGAUGCAGCUCAAAUGAAAGUUGCCAACUGUGAAAAGUGUGGUCCUGGUUGGGCUUGGUACGACGGUCGAUGUUUCCUGUAUGUGAAAGUUAAAAUGUCCUGGGCUAAAGCUGAGAGACUCUGCCUCUCAUUGGAAGGACAUCUGGCCUCAAUGCGCAGUACAAAUGAGUACAACUUCAUCAGAGAGCUUAUCGUCACUGAAUCUGGAAGAGACACACAAACUUGGGUUGGAGGUUUUGAUUCAGCACAGGAAGGCACCUGGAUGUGGAGUGAUGGUUCCAAGUUUAUGUUUCAUCACUGGGGCCUUGGUGAACCAAGCAAUAGCGGUGGAAACCAAAACUGCAUGGACAUCAACUUUGCAGGACGAGACUAUGUGAAUGAUGAUGUCUGUGGCGUGUUGCUCCCCUUCGUCUGUGCCAGACACGUCAAAGCUCUUAAUGCCUUUUAAUCUGAAAUGCCCAUAUGGCUUUCCUGCUGGUGAUGUCACUUCCCCCUGGAUGUCAAGCCUUGAUGACAUCACUGCUGGAAGAACCUGAUUUCACUUCAGUUGAUCAUUUAAAUAAAUGUUUUCUUUCUAUG